AUGGCCGCGACGUGCACUCGAAACUACACGGUUGCUGCCGGAGAUAUCUGCGACGGAAUCUCGCGUGCUCACAAUGUUUCAACGUUCCAACUCGCCGCGCUCAAUGCCGACAAGAUUGAUGCGCUUUGCCAACACAUGCAAAUUGGCGAGAAUCUUUGCCUCGGAACCGAAGGCCAAGAUUGUACGAGCGUGCAUGUCGUGAGCUCUGGAGAUUCGUGCGCGACGAUCCAGCAGACGUAUCAGAUUAAUUCGACCAUCUUGAUGUCGAACAACCCCAACGUAGACGACGAGUGCGACAAUUUGUACAGUGGGCUCGUGCUCUGCGUGGCUCCGACGGUUGUCGCGCCGCCCAUUCCGCCUGGCUUCUUUGACAACGACGGAUCCAUCGAAUGGGUGCCUACUCCAGAUGACCAGAUUACGGAGGAGGACGGAGAUGUGCCGUACUGCGACGAGGUCAUGGACGUUUAA